AACGUCAUCAGUUAUUAUUUAUUUAUUUUUUUUUAUCUCAAAUACUAUUUUUUACUACCUUAACAAAUAAUCUUUAAAGUUAACAUAAAACACCAUGUCUAUUCACUUAAUGUGCCUCACCUCGGAUGGUGGUGUGCCGAUUUACUCAAAGAAAAGAGGUGACAGCGAAACCCUUCCCUUUUCCACUAUUGCCUCGCUGAAUGGCGUUCACAUGUUCUGCAAAUCGCAAGGUGUCGAUCUACCGAUCACCUACCUCGAGGACAGCAUGAUCAUGUGGAAAGAGUUCGAGGGUACGAUCGUCAUGAUCGGCAUUGCGAGGGACAUUACCGAGAAGACGCUUCGCCAUCUGCUGGAUUACUCCUACCAGGCGAUGGUGUUUUGCGUCGGCAUACAGUCGAUCAAGAAGAUUAAGAACAUCGAUCGGUUCAAGCGGGAGCUUAAAAACUACUACCCACUGAUCGACCAGCUGCUGGAGGUGGUCGAGAGCGAUCUCUUCCGGUACGUCGACUGCAUCCUGUGCUCCGAAAGCAUGGGCAUGCUGACGAAGCUGAACGAGUUCAGCGUCCAGAUCGGUUCACCCUUCUGUGCGAUCAUGGUGCGGCAGCGGAUCGCCUGCGGUACCGAGGGCUGGUGGGAUUUGGACGUGAUCGAUCGGAAGCUGCUGAUGCUGCUGCUGAACGCGUCCAGCACGAUCCAGCAGGAUGUGCCCGUCUAUUUGCCCAAAAAGUCGCCCAGCAUUGCGUACCGCUUCAUCAGCAUUCCGCUGACGCAGGGUGUCAGCAUCUGUGCGCUGUGCGGUGCCGAACCGAAGUACGAUGUGCUGCAAGGGAUGAGCCAGCAAUUUUGGAUGAGCGAACUGGACGUGCUGAUUGCGGCAGAACAGAAGUAUCCGAAAAGUUUCCCCGCAAGCGUUGAGCUGGAUGCGCACAUUUUGGGCUUUUUGUUGCUGAAUCGCGAGCACGCCAAGUAUGUGUUGUCGCGGGGCGGCGUACCGGCACUAAACAAUGCCCCGGGGGGUAAGGCGCGAUCGGGUACCAUCUCAGGCGGCUCAUCGGCCCACCGGUUGGACAUACUGCGGUCGUUCUUUCACCAGUCGGUGGACGUGAUGGAGGAUACGCUGCGGGAAGGCGAUCGGGUGAUGAAUCUCGAGCAGUACUGGUGCUCCGACUACCACAAAUGUCACGCACUGAUCGAAGGCAGCAACGUCCUGUGCGUGCUGUACACGUCCGCCAUCCCGACGCACAUUAUGAGGAUAGUAACACAAAAAACACUGAACACGUUAAUAUCGGAUAAGGAUGUGUGCUGGUGAGCUGGUAGCGUCAACGGACUGACCGUAUGCGGAGGGAAACCGGGAGGAGCUUUACUUUAUCAUUCCAUCAUCACCUACAUAAUCGUAAACAUUCGCACAUUCGGUUUAUUUAUAGUGUUCCAUUACAUUACAUUGCCCACUUGUUGCCAGUAGUCGAACGAAAGGAACGAAACAGUGAAACGCUGAUAUUGAUGAUACAGGGGUUUCCAGGAGUUCUCGUAGCUGUGGGACACUAUAUAGACUCUUUCCUACAUGAAAUGAACUUAAUGUAAUGGGAAUUGGACUCUAUAGCACCCUUGUUGGACACAUCCAAUUGGAAUUUCCAAUUGGAAUUUCCAAGGCGCCUUCAUAUGUUAUGAAGUUCACUUCACAUAAGAAAGAGUCAAGGAAGUGUCCCACAACUAUGAGAAUCCCUGGAAAACCCUGUAUUGCGCAUGCGCUUGCGCAACGUACUUUAAAUGUGUCCUCCUACACGUGUUGUAGCUAAGGGCAAUUGGAAUAAUAUCAUACUAAGCAUUGUGGAUAAGACGUUUACUUUAAGUUCGGCUACUUAUCUGGCUAAUGCUUAUGAAGGGGAGUGGGUAAGGGGAAAGUGCAAAUAAAACAAGAAACAAAAUAAACUUUACAUAUAUAGGAGUGAAAUUUUAACAACAUA